ACCAGGAGGGUCGAAACCAGGAGCCUCGUCCGCAAAUGGGCCACAGUUAACAACUAGUACCUCAACUACUUCCAGCCAUCCGCACCUUACUACCGCGCGCCAACAGCGUCACCUUGCUCUUAAGGUCACUCAUUUCCAUCUUUGAGCGGUUUUCCACCGAAGGUCGGAGAAAAUGGCAGCAAUUCCAUCCAGUGGCUCCCUCAUCGCCACCCAUGAUUACUACAGAAGACGCCUUGGGUCUACCUCCAGUAACAGCUCCUGUGGCAGUGCUGAGUACACGGGAGAGGUCAUUCCACACCAUCCAGGACUUCCCAGGCAGGACUCUGGUCACUGGUGGACGUCGUUUUUCUUUGCAAAGCAGAACCAGGCUGGCCUGCAGAAUGGAUCUGAAUAUCAGAAGAACGGAACCUACACGGUGGCCAACGGCCAGGUGACCUGCAUCGCCAGGGAAAUGGUCCUGAACAGACAGGUCAGCGAGAGCAGCGACAGCGGGAAGUUUGAAGCGGCGACUCCUCCGCCGACCGCCUCCUAGGCCCCGUUCCCCGUCCCCUCCACCUCACCUGCCUGCAGCCCCUCCUCCCCCUCCUCCCCCUCCUCCUCCUCCUCCUCACUCUCCUCCACCUUCAGCUUGCCGUCGCUCACAUAGUCCUACGUCGGAGAUGGAGAUCAUGAUGGCGGAGAUGAAAGUGGAUUCUCCCUUUAGCUGAUAGUUUGCUUGAACUUUGUUGCUUGUGUAUAUUUUCUUUUUAUUACGACCAAGUGUUAAAAAAAAAAAAAACUGUUUGUAAAAAGUUUUUUCAUGUAUUCCUUCUU